UAUCACACCAAUGACCGCAAUAAUAUCAUCACAGCAGUGAGGUUUUGCAGGACUAGUGACACGUUAAAAGAACAGAGUCUGUAAACACUCGUUUUCUCCAUUUUUAUUACUGUAUUAAAAUGAUGCCCAAAGGGGAAAAAAAUGGUGACGGAGUAUAACGACUCUCACGAGCCGUCAGACUUUUCGCGAGCUUACAGCGGAGAAACUCUUGAGGAAAAAACAAAACGAUAAUUGUCCUUCGUCUGCCACCGUAGUACCGAGUUCUUGCGCACAAGUCACCAUCCGAUGCAUCCUCGAUUUCAAUGACACAUCCGGGUAAUUUCCUGCAUUCUCGAUACUUGCGUUCUUGAGGAUUGGACUCGAACUUCGGCAGUGGGUGAUAGAGUCCACAAGAACGUAAGAACACAAAAGAACGCACAUUGAGAAACAGCCCCAGACUGCAUAACACAAAUUUCCUUUACAAAUCUCGUGGCAUGUAGCCCGAUUUGGAAAACGUACUUCCGCUUCUUCCCAGCGUCGGAAGUGACGCACGGUGCUGCCAAGGGCUCGUGCUGUGCGUAGGAGGACGCAACAAGAGCGCGAGACAACAUCAUCAGAACAACAACAGCGAAAUUCUGGAUAAUUCAGCCGCAGUCCUCACAAAAAUACACCACUGACCGAACUGAACGAUCAACAUCAUGAACCCUGUUUAUAGCCCUGCGUCAUCAGGGGUUCCUUAUGCCAACCCUAAAGGAAUUGGAUACCCAGUUAAUGUCUUGGCCUCUCUUGCAGCGGGAUUUCCUGUUGGUUAUGCUGCGGCAGCUCCAGCGUACUCCCCCAGCAUGUACCCUGGAGCUAACCCAGCCUUUCCCACAGGUUAUGCUCCUGGGACUCCUUUCAAAAUGUCCUGCUCCCCUACAACAGGUGCUGUACCCCCCUACUCCUCAUCACCUAACCCCUACCCUGCUGCCGUCUACCCUGUGAGAAGUCCCUACGCCCAACAGAACCCUUACGCACAGCAGCAAGGCACUUACUACACACAGCCCCUUUACGCCGCACCGCCCCAUGUCAUUCAUCAUACAACAGUGGUCCAGCCAAAUGGCAUGCCGGCAGCCAUGUAUGCCCCUCCCAUUCCCCCUCCCCGCCCUAAUGGAGUUGCCAUGGGAAUGGUAGGAGGCACCACCAUGGCUAUGUCAGCUGGGACGUUAUUAACUACUCACUCCCCGACCGCAGUCGCGCCCCACCCCUCAAUGCCCACAUACCGCCCACCCACCACUCCAACCUACAGUUACGUGCCCCCGCAAUGGUGAACACGGCAGCCACUGUCAAAAGAUGGUAGAUAUGCAUUCUCACUGACCAGUAUUUUUACAAUUAGAGCUGACACUACAAGUGUUAACAGCCAGUUGCUCUUCCUUCCAAACAUAAUGUGAACCUGACUCCAGUUGGCAGACGAAAGGAAACGUUGGAAAGGGAAAGAGAAUCUUCUCAGUCUGGCUCCAUUACUUCCCGUCCGCCACUCAUUUCUACAACAUAUCUCAAGGCCGAAGACCAGACAAGCUCUUCAUGCUGAUUUGUGUUGUGUGGACUGUCUUGCAGUUUUUAGCAUAACUCUUUAAUUGGUGGUAACGGAAGAGAGUUGGAAUUAAUUUUUAUUUGAAUACCUAUUGAAUGCAUGUAUAUAUUCAAAAGACAACAAACUAACAAAAAAACAACAACACAGUACUAGCUCACUCUACCAGCAAUGACAGAUGCAAAACCAUCAGCAAUGCUUUCAAGCAAAAAUUCAAAAGGUUGGGGAAAAACAACUGUAUAUUAAAUGCAAUGUCUUAAUUGUUAUUUCAUACAAAAUAUUAAUAACAUUAGCAUUUUAAAGUAAUUAUUAUUUUAUUUGCUCCCUCCUUUGUUUUUUCCCCCUUGUUUUAAUUUGGGUGACUGUAGCUACAGGCUUGGUAUGUCUUCUCUGGGUUUGACACUGUUAGUUUCUGCGGUGCCUCUACAAGAUGGAUGGACCCUUAAAGUUUGGGCCUCCAUUUCAGAUGCCUGUUUUUAGUUGAUUAGUUUUAUCAUUCUACAUGCUCUUGCUACAGUUAAUUGUUGCACUAAUUGCCUCUGUGUGUACAUCAAUUGGUUGGUUGAGCUGUGUUGGUGCUGAGAGCAUGCUUACUCAUUUGUGUACCUCUGGUUUGGUUUUCUUCACUUUUUAAAAGUCUGACUGAAAAAUGAAAGGGUUAGUUCACCCAAAUAUUACUAUUCUUUCUCACCCUCAUGUUGUUCCAAAUCUCCGAGUUUCCUUUUUCCUGUGGAAUGCACAAGGAGAAAUUUAGAACAAUGUUGACACUGCACUUUUUCCAUACAAUGAAAGUGAAUGGUGACUGAGGCUAUCAUUCUGCCUAGCAUUGCUUUUGGUGUUCCAUAGGAGAAAGAAAGCCAUAGGGGUUUGAAACAAUUUGAGGGUGAGUAAAUGACAGAAUUGUAAUUUUUGGGUGAACUCUCUCUUUAAAGUUAGCCAUUGCUAAAUUGCGACAUUUUAAAUGGGACUGUUUAUGUGGUUAAUUAAAAAAAGAAAACCCAAUUAAGUUUAUUUGAUUACACUACUGGUAACCUUUGAGGAGGUGAAUUUGAGUUAUUUAGUUAUAAUGAACCCAAAAUUCUACAUUGCUUGUUUCCUCGAGAUUGCACCAUAACCGACUGAAUUUAAUUGACUUUUUACAUUAUACAUAGCCUAUAUCACUUCAGUUAACAAAUGUUUUGUAAUGUUUAAUGUGUUUUUGUUUUGUAUUUUCAAGAAAGACCAAAAAAUAAAUACAAUAAUAAAUUAG